AUGACAUUAAAACAAAAAGGAAAAGAAAUGCUAUCUGUAUGGGCAGUUGUGCUGGCAUAUCUACACAUAGUCAGAUGCGAUAUAGUCGAAGAUGAUAUCUGUGAAGUACAGACAUAUUAUUGGCAUAUGAAGAAACUAUGCAUAGAAAAAAGAGUUGACAUACGCAGAAGUUUUUGUGAAUAUGUAGAGAUUUUGAAGCCCAAAGAACUGAAAGAAAAAAACGAUAUAUCUUGCUUAGUGAAUGGAAAGAUAGCGGAGGGAAAGAGAGUUUAUGCUAAGAUGGAAACUAUGUGGAAAGAUUUUAAAGAAAAGGAAGAACAGAUAUCAAACAUAAUAGACAAUAAGAUAAAAGACUACCACGAAAAGAUGCACAGAAAUUAUUUAAUUCACUCUGAGUCUGCGAAAAUCGAAUCUAUGCGCAUAGAUAAAGAAACAGAGGCCGAAUUGAACCUACUAUUUUAUCCUGCAUAUAAGCUUAGUCUGUCACUUGUCAAACAGAUACACAUGUUUGACUCGUAUAUGCUAGCGGUGCUAGAAGAGUACAGUAAAAAGAUCAGCAAAGACAGUAACUUGAGCGAGCUAACACUGUUCAGGCUGGCAAAGAACAAAAAAGUAGUGGCUGCUGAACUAAUAUACUAUCUCUAUAAUUUAGAUAUGGCCAAGAAAGAUAAUGAUCUAAGAAGUAUACUAGAACAUAUAGGUUGUACUGUACUAAAACAUAAUGUAUGGGUAAAUAUGAGUCCAUUUACUGAUGCAGUAGAAAAGGAUGUAGCAGAAAAUAGCCUCACUCCAUUAGCCUCAGCUGAUAAACAACUUCAUUUGCUAUUGAAUCAGAAUAAAUAUGCAUGCAUAAUGAAUGAAGAAACAAUGAGCAUGUAUUUAGACCUGAUAGACCCUGAUAUCUCAGAUGAAGAAAAGAUAGAACAGUACAAGGAUAUUACGUUUAUGCAGGUUUUAAGUGCUAUAAUGAUAGAGAAUUUGAUGGUUGGGAGACUUCUAGACUUUAAAUCGAAUAGAGUGUUUUCUGUCUUGGGGAAGAUAAUAGAAAAUAUAUUUGAAAUUGAAAUCGAAAAUAAAGAAAGAAGAAUUAAAGCUAUAGAAAUAGAAAGUGCAAGAUACAAACAGAAUAGAAUGCUUAACGCUCUAAGUUGUAUGUGGCUUUUUUUAUCCUCGGAAAAUUUCAAUAUUUCGGGAUUAGCUUAUUUUCAAGACUUUUGCAAGAUAAAUAAUCUUCCAGAAAAUCUACUCUAUAGGAUACGAUGUAUUUUCAAUGGGCUCAGAUGGGUGUUGUAUAUACUGAAUAAUAAUCCAAAAGAACAGGGCACAGCUAAUAAAGAUCUAGUCAAAGAAAUGCAUUUUGAUGCAUUUUACGUGUGCCCAAUAUGGUAUAUAUGCAGGCGUUAUGGAAACACCAGCUCUCUAAUUACACUACCUCCUACGCCCAAUAAAGCGCAAUUUUUGGAAAUGCAUGGGAAUAGGUGUGUACUUAGGCCGUACAUGAUAAACAAAAAAAAUGCCAAUAGUGCAGAACAGCUUGCCAAUAUUAGAACUUGUAUUAAUCUGUGGCUAGAAAGGUUUCCUAGCUUCGAAAUUAUCCACAGAGAAGAAGAUGGCGAGGAGUACCAAAAUAUGGCCCGUGAUUUUUUUGACUAUUUGAAAAAAUCAUCGUACUUGCAGCCAACAAAAAUAACAGAAACAAAAAUAGAAGGGGAAGGAGAGGAGUCAUCUCAAUCUAAAGUUUCUGAGGUUCGUAAGAAGAAAUCUUUUGAUAGAUGGCUAAAGUAA